UAUAAAACCCACAAUUUUAAAUUGUUUAUUUAUUUUUUAAUUCUUCAGAAAUUAUCCAUUUUCUCUUGUUUUCCUGUUUUAAGUACAAUAAAGCCGCGUAAUUUGAUCUAGAGGAAAGAGUGCGAAAGCUUUUGGAGCAAUGGAAAGAACAGUCUUUACUCCAUCAUUGGAAGGAAUGCAGCAUAUCAGAUCUCCACAGGGAGAAAUGCUUACAAAGCCUUUCCUUGAAGUCUGCAAGUUGAUUUUGCCAAUCAUAGAUAAAUUUGGAGCUGCUAUGGCCCUGGUAAAGAGUGAUAUUGGUGGUAACAUAUCAAGACUGGAGAAAAAGUACGAAUCUGAUCCCACUAGAUACAACUUCUUGUACAAUAUGGUGAAAGAAGAGUUUGAAUGUAACUCAGCAAAAGGAUCAACUAGUUGUACCAAUGGUAUUCUCUGGUUGACAAGAGCAAUGGAUUUUGUUGUAGAAUUGUUCCGCAACUUACUUGCAAAGGCAGAAUGGACAAUGGCAGAAGCUUGUACAGAUGCCUACUGCAAGACCCUGAAGAAAUACCAUGGAUGGAUUGCUAGCUCAAGUUUCACAGUUGCUAUGAAGCUUGCACCAGAUAGGAAGAAGUUCAUGGAAGUUAUAGGUUCUGAGGGAGAUGUUACAGCGGACAUGGAGAAAUUUUGUUCGACGUUUCCUCCAUUUCUUGAGCAGAAUCAUAACUUUCUGGCUAGGUAUGGUUUGGAUGAUAUGAAGGCUUGAUGAUGGGAAGAAUCAAAUGUUUAAUGACGAGGAGGAUACAAUGGCCUUUAUUUACUUUGUUUUUUUUUUUGUGAUCUUGGUUUCAGGUUCUAAACGUUUGAAUUAUAUGAAUAAUUAAUGGAAUUAAGGUUGAAAGUAUAGUAGUAUUUACCUUUA